GAUCUCAUCGAGCUCCAAUCUGCCGCAGAAGUCCGGGCGAGCGCGCUGGUGCAAGGUCCGCUAGUUUUCGGCUUCUUCCUGGAGCAGUUGGGGCGAGGGACGCUGAAGCCUUUGGCCGACAUCGGCGGGCGGCUCCUUGAGGAUCGUCUUCAGAGGAACCAGCAAAGCUCGGCAGAGGAAGUCAACCAGUUCGUGACGCACCUGCAGUUCAAGCCCACGAUGAAGUUCAGCCCUGGGGUGCUGAUCUUUCUCUUGGAGCAGGCGGUCCUGGAGCUCUGGAAGUUUAUCCUGGACCUCUUCAGCAGGCUGCAGCCUCCGAUGCAGACGGCUCUUAUGGCCACAGACGAGCCCCCGGUGUACUGCAUGUGGAAGCUUUCACUGUUUUGA